CUUUUUCGCAUAACCAGUGAGAACGUCAGACAGCACGGUUUGAACUGGGAGACCUUUGUUUGCACUGUCCGUCCGGAUACCGUGUGUAGAUUGGUGACAAAGUCUAAGAUUGAAAAUUAUAAAAUUGUUGGAAAACCACUCUGAGGGUAUAAUCCUGUUGCAAUAAAUAAAUCGAGUUAAAGAAAAUACUAACGGUUACCAAAUUUAAAUUAUAAAUAUACGAUAAACGCUACUUUUAAGGAGAACAAAUGUGUUAGAGUUGUUACGUAAUAGUGUUUCAAGUUUAGCCCAAUUGCGUAUAGUAUAGUGGAUCGCAAGUAACUCAACGGAGCAUCAGAUUUUCCAGUGAAUCAAAAUGACGUCGAUAAACGUAGAAAAGUAUAAGCUGUCUGAUAAAACAGCCAAGCUCACAGCAAAAGAUAUUAUACCAAUGAUCCAAUCGUCGGACUCGGCGGAGACGCGGGAGUUUCUGAACAAAGUAAUGGAACUUCUCAUCGAUUACGUGAACAUUCAAAAUGAUCGCAAGGAGAAGAUUCUAGAUUUCCAUCACCCAGAGGACAUGAAAAAGUUGCUCACGUUGGACGUUCCAGACCACGCUGUUACAUUACAACAACUUCUAAAGGAUUGCGCGUUGACACUCAAAUACCAAGUGAAAACAGGUCAUCCUCACUUCUUCAAUCAACUCUCCUGUGGUUUGGACGUAAUCUCGAUGGCUGGAGAAUGGCUCACUGCAACCGCCAACACAAACAUGUUCACGUAUGAAAUUGCACCGGUGUUUAUUCUAAUGGAAAACGUGGUUUUAUCGAAAAUGAGAGAAAUCAUCGGAUGGAAAGGAGGUGAUUCCAUUCUCGCUCCUGGAGGAUCGAUUUCCAACUUGUAUGCCUUUCUGGCUGCCCGUCAUAAAAUGUUCCCAGGCUACAAAGAGCAUGGAGCCCGCGCGUUGCCCGGAGAACUGGUUAUGUUCACCUCAGAUCAGUGUCAUUAUUCUGUGAAGUCAUGUGCGGCCGUUUGUGGCCUUGGAACCGACAACUGUGUCAUGGUUCCAUCAGAUGAACAUGGGAAAAUUAUACCAUCUGAACUGGAACGCCUGAUACUAGAACGGAAGGCGCGCGGCCAAAUCCCAUUUUUCGUAAAUGCUACAGCGGGUACCACCGUUUUAGGCGCGUUUGAUCCACUGAAUGCGAUUGCUGAUAUUUGCGAGAAAUACAACUGCUGGUUCCACAUCGAUGCUGCAUGGGGUGGUGGCUUACUGUUGUCCAAGAAAUAUCGUCAUCCCAGAUUCUCCGGAGUUGAGCGAGCGGAUUCUGUCACAUGGAACCCACACAAACUGAUGGGAGCACUGCUGCAAUGCUCUACGAUCCACUUCAAGGAAGAUGGUCUCCUGAUCAGCUGUAACCAAAUGUCGGCCGAGUAUCUUUUUAUGACCGACAAAUUGUAUGACAUCAGCUACGACACCGGUGAUAAGGUAAUACAAUGCGGCCGUCAUAAUGACAUUUUCAAAUUGUGGUUGCAGUGGCGUUCCAAGGGUACUGAAGGCUUCGAGAAACAUAUGGACCACCUGAUGGAACUGGCUGAGUACGAAGUGAAGCGUAUUAGAGAGCAAUCGGACAAAUUCUAUCUGAUACUCGAGCCAGAAUGUGUCAACGUUUCCUUCUGGUACAUCCCGAAGAGACUGCGUGGAGUUCCUCAUGAUGCUAGGAAGGAAAAGGAGCUGGGCAAAAUUUGCCCAAUCAUUAAAUCCCGGAUGAUGCAGGCCGGUACACUGAUGGUUGGCUAUCAACCUGACGAUCGACGCCCUAACUUCUUCCGCUCAAUCAUAUCGUCGAUAGCAGUCACGAAGGCCGAUGUUGAUUUUAUGCUCAACGAAAUUGAUCGCCUUGGUCAGGAUCUGUAAGUUGUGGGUUGAAUCAAUAGGAGUACAGACAGCGUUAGCAGAAGUAUAUUACAAAAGUAAGAUAGAAAAACAUUCUACAGGCCUAGGAACAAUUUGCAACUGCCCAGUCAAUCGUUUUGAAUGAAGCAAUUCGGAGAAGUAUAUACCGACAACCAAGGAGUAUCUGUUGUAUAACAUAUCAAUGCAUCCUAUUCGACUUUAAGUUGGGAGUAAAUAUUAAUAACUUAUUUAUAUAUGUUAGGAUAUUUUGGUUGGUUAAUAAAAUUUAAGAAAAACCUAUCAUAUUCAUAUGAAAUUUGUUUGCCAAAACUUACGGUUAUUGUUAAGUUUUAUGAAUAUCUGACAACACGUUAAGCUUGAAAUUUGUAACAAAGUCCGUAUCCUACACAUACCGUUACGUAUUGAGUUCGUAUAUAAGCACUGUUAGAUCAUUCUAAGAGUUCUAAGUUUAGAAGAUUUGAAGUUACUAUCGGACAAAAAUAUUUACUGGAAUUAAGUAUUGCAAAACGAAGAAUAACAUGAAAAAGAAUUAUAUAUACACAAAAAAUAUAUAUAUACAUAUUAUAUACAAAGCCAUGCAUUCUCUCAUACAUCCUCUCAUUACAUACAUGCGUCACUGCUCAUUGGUAAUACACAGUAACGUAACUUUAAUACUCCCACCUCAUUCGGUUGACAUGAUUUGAAUACCCAAAAUUUGUAAAAUACUAGAUAAUUUGACCUCGUUAAAUUGAGCAUUUUAUCCAUGUGUAGUGCGCAGUAAAAAGUAUAGUAUAGAGUCGUAGUUGGAAAUAAAAUACAUGUGUUCUAAGACUGCUACCAUUUUAAGUUUCUUUAUCCUAAAAUUCAGAACUAACUAAAACUCAAGAUUAUGUUGUGGAAAUUGUAUAUAUAUACAUGCGGAAAGGCAGACAUAAUUUAAACCAUUACUUGUUCAUCAUGUUCACAAUGUACCAAAUAUCGACUGAAAAAUGGCAAGGAUCGGCCGUUAUAACAUUAAACAAAUUACCAAACGCUUUAAAAUUUAUUUUAGUUUAGACAAGAAUGGUUGUUAUCAGUCCUAUUCAAUUUGAAUUGAAAUGAAACGUCAUAUCUGCACAAAAACUAUGAAGGAUUUGUACAGAUAUUACUUUUUAUUUCAACUUAGGGUUAAAAGGUUUGAAGUGAGUUCGCAUACAGAUUAUGUACUUCUAGGUUGCUAAUAAUCAAUCUAGCUUUGCACUAUAUGCUGCUAGUCACUAGCAACUAGUGUAAUUAAAGUGUAUUUAUGGAGUAAAACAACAUGCGUUUGAGGCAAACACAGUUUUAAAUGACGAUUUGAAAAAAAAAAUGUAAUUGUAUAAGUUCGAAUCGCGUAAGAGAAAUAUUAUCGAAACAACAUGAACAACAAAAUCACAAAGUCUUCCUUCGAAUGAAAUGUUAAUUAAUUGAUUCACGUUCAUUCUCAGAUACCGUCAAUCAUGGUGAAUCAGAACAAUGUCAUUAAAUCCUAUCACAUAAGUCCUUAUUCACCAUUAUGUAUAUUUCAUCUUGAGAGUGGCGAGAAUCGUAAAUCAUAUAUAAAAAGAACAAUCUAUCAACAUAUAUUAGUUGCUUAAUUUUUGAACGAGUUCAUUUUUGGUCAUGAAAUACUAUUGAAUACCAAUCGGUGCAUGGUAGAGCAACAUUGUAGUUACUAAUUGAAACUCCAACGAAAGCGUCUCCCAAGUAUAAGGUGCGUAUCAAAUGUGCGCAAUGAUUUUAGCUAAAUUGAGAAGAACAUAAUAAUCCAUAGCCUGAGCAAAUGUAUGUGGAGCAAGCUUCACACGAAAAGCCAAAAAAAAAAGAUAAUAAAUAACAUUUCAUAACCCAGUACUACAGAACAUAAUGCGACUAAACACAAUAGAUGUUAUAUGUUGUUACAGUGUAAUUUAAAACAAGUGCAAAUAAAAAGUAAUCAUCUGUAAUCGACAACA